GGCUCGGCUGCCCCUGAGAAGAGGUUAGGAAGCCCCGUUCGGCCUUUUCCUGGUGCCGCCGCUGAGAGAAGGGAGUCAUGCCGGCCAAGGGCCCCCUGCAGAGCGUUCAGGUCUUCGGGCGGAAGAAAACAGCAACUGCUGUUGCCCACUGCAAGAGAGGAAAUGGCCUCAUUAAAGUGAAUGGAAGACCUCUGGAAAUGAUUGAGCCCAGAACUCUGCAAUAUAAACUGCUUGAACCUGUCCUCCUCCUGGGGAAGGAACGGUUUGCUGGUGUUGACAUCAGAGUCCGUGUAAAGGGUGGUGGCCACGUAGCACAAAUCUAUGCUAUCCGUCAAGCUAUUUCCAAAGCCUUGGUGGCUUACUACCAAAAAUAUGUUGAUGAAGCUUCCAAAAAGGAGAUCAAGGAUAUUUUAAUUCAGUAUGAUAGGACUCUGCUGGUUGCUGAUCCUCGCCGUUGUGAGUCCAAGAAAUUUGGAGGACCUGGUGCCCGUGCACGCUACCAGAAGUCUUACCGUUAAAGUUGUUACAUACUCAUGUGAAAGUCAAUAAACAUGAAAGAGAAUUU